UGCCUGAUGACAGUUCUCAGCCUUAGGUAAAACACAUUUGGAAGCAAUUGUUGCAGUUCAUCCUUGACAGAGAAGUAAAUUUCACUCUAGCAUCAUUAAUAUUUCUCAUUGAGCAAUGGACAAGGGAGAGAAUAACACAUCAGAUGGAGAGUACUUAAACGUGGACAAGUUUCAUGUCUCCAAAGAGUAUGGAUUUAUUUUACCAGAGCCUUUGUAUGAACUCCCGAAAUUCUACCAGCCGUGGAUGGAUAUUGCGAACAAUUUGCCUCAGUUGAUUGAACUUCAGCAACUUCGUCAUGAAGUGAAUAAAAUGGAGCUUCUGGACACACAUCUACUCAUUGGGCAUAAACAGCUGCGGUUGGCGCACCUGGCCUUGAGCUUCAUUACGAUGGGCUACGUGUGGCAGGAGGGAGAGAAAAACUGUGCAAAGGUGCUGCCCAAGAACCUUGUGGUGCCCUUUUGCAAAGUAUCUGAAAUCAUCGGACUGCCACCAAUCUUAGUUCACGCUGACUGUGUUUUAUCAAAUUGGAAGAAAAAGGAUCCCAACAGGGGCAUGGAGUUAAGAAAUUUGGACACAAUCUUCACAUUGCCUGGAGGAAGCAGCUUGAAGGGAUUCUUUCUGGUGACAUUACAGGUGGAAUUGGCAGCUGUACAAGGCAUCAAGGCUAUUGCCACAGCAACUGAAGCGGUUUGGAAGCAUGAGGAUGAUUCCAUUAAAAGUGCUUUGCAAGAUGUGGCUGCAUCGAUCAGAAAGAUGAACCAGGCCUUCAGGAAGAUGGAUGAGCAUGUCGACCCUGUUGUAUUUUAUGGAAUCAUUCGCAUCUUUCUGUCUGGGUGGAAGGAUAACCCAGCUGUUCCGGAUGGGCUGCUGUAUGAGGGAGUGUGGGAGAAUCCAAGGCAAUUUUCAGGGGGAAGUGCUGCCCAAAGCUCUACACUCCAGUCCUUUGAUGAGUUUUUGGGAGUACAUCACAACGAGCAAAGCGCUGCAUUCCUCCAUCGGAUGAGGGAUUACAUGCCACCGGCACACAAGGCAUUUAUCCAGGGUAUUGCCUCAGGCCCAUCCGUGCGUGAGUACAUCAUCUUACACCCAAGUCCCAGUCUCCGAGACGGAUACAACGACUGCAUACAGGCCCUCGUUAGUCUCAGGAGCUACCACAUCACAGUGGUCACUCGGUACAUCACAAUCCCGGCCUCCGGAGCAAAAGCGAAGAAGGGCAAGCCCACUUGCACGCCUGAUAUCUUACAGAAAGCCCCAACGUCCCUGGAAGAGCGGGGGACUGGCGGCUCGAAAAUCAUGUCUCUGCUGAAAAGUGCACGGGACGCAACUAAAGAAAUGAUGAUCAAGGAAAGAGGACAGUAGUGAUUGAAGAUAACCAUUGUUUUUGGUAACUCAGAAGGGUUAUUUACAGGUAUAGCUGUGCAAUGCUCGGUGCAAACACUGUGAAUUAUCAAGUACUUAGAAAAUACUAACUGCCAGUGAAUUUGGCUAACUUUCCAAUAAUUAAACUGAAACACUAUAUUAGUUCUUGCAGCUGCUUCAAAAGCUCAUGGUCUUGACAUUGAAGAUAGUUAAAUCUGUUUCCUGCCCUUUGAUCAUUUCUAAGUUUCCCAGUUGCUUUUCUUUCACAAUGGAUGCAUUAUUCUUGCUCCAAUAAAUGCAAUGGGCAAAUUGCGAUCCACAUGUCCUGCGCCAUCGCAAUUGCCUCCUUGCAUUACUGCUCAGAGCUGCAGCAAUCCGUCCUGGUUCCAUGCGUUCUGCCAGCACUGCUUUCUGGGCCGUUCCAUGAAUCUGAGCGGUGACUUGACAUCAGAUGGCAGAAGAUAAAGCCCCACCCAUGAGGCUCAGAUGGCUCUCUGACAGCAUGUGAUCAGAGACAUUUAGAGACAACUGGAAAAAAUGUAAGUAAAGCUAAUGAAAACAUGAAAUAAAACACAUUUUAAAAGCACAUUGAGCUGCUGUUAAUUAAUUAAAAAUCUGAUCUAUUCCAUUGAUUUAAAUAUUUCCUUGUGGUCCUUCAGCCCCUGAAGGUCUCUGCCAGACCCAGUACAAUCCUUGAGUUUAAUUCUCCCUCCUCUUCUCUCUCACAUGUCCAUUUCCUCUCCCUUGAUGAUCCUACCAGGAACCAAUUUACUGACGAAACAGGAGGAUGCUUUCGAGAUGUGAGGGGGAAUGGAAAUGGUCGCAGACUGAGCAGAGGUCAGGGUUGGACUUGUGUCAGAGACUCCACCUGUGGUGCCACAGUGCAGCACGAGGUUAUAGUUCUAAGGAAGCAGUAGAACUAUACCGCAGUAUCAGCCCAUGUGUUUACACAUCCCCAGUGUGGGAUUUGAUUCAUACCUCUGCAGUUUGAAAAGGUCAUGCUUUGAACGGAUCCAUGAUAAAUAAAGCAAUAACCUUCCCUUUCAAGUAAAGACUAAUGAGCCCAUUCAAACAAUGGCUGUCAUAAAGCUGGAACAGAGUGUAUCCCUUGACUCAGCAUCUACCUCUUGCUCCAUCCCAGAGUCAUUGGUGAGUGAGGGAUGGGGCAAAGCAUUAGAUGUGCAAUAACUCCAGUGCGUGCCCAAAUUCCAAGUAGGAGCACUCAGGCAUAAUAACAAAUAAUAAGAAUAGCUUAUUUAUACAGCACUUUUCAUACAAAGUAUGUAGUUCAAAGUGUUUUACAAUGGGCUAAAGUGCAAACAUGAAAAUAAAAGAUAAGCUGUUGGUUAAAAUCUAGGUUAAAUAAAUGGGUUUUGAGCUGUUUUUUUUUUGAAGUGUCAGCUGAGUCUGCAUCCCUUAUAGUUUUAGGUGUUGAAUUCCACAGUUUAGGAGUGUGGUUCUAUAAAGCUGACCUGCCAAUUAUUUUUUAAGUCUAAGAGACAGGCAGAAGAAGACCUAGCUGCUCAAGCAGGGUUACAAAGCAAAAAAGUUUCUGUGAUACACUCCAGUCCCAGACUAUUAAGAGCUUAAAAAACAAGUAAGAGAACUCUAAAGUCAAUUCCAAAAGAUACAGGAAGCCAAUGCAGACUAGCUAGGACUUUGAGAGAACUACCAGCCAUCUAGGAGCACAUUCUAGCCUAAUCGAAGCAGUGUAAUACAGUAGGAAAGCAACACACACAAACUAAUUUGUAAGAGGAAAAUAUUUUCUUUUUCAAUAUUUUUAUUAGUUUCUACAUGAAAGAAUACAGGGUACAAGAAGAUAUAUAUUAUAAAUCAAAAAAAAGAUAAAAUAAUUCCAAAUGCAUUAUAUUAGAAUCACACUUGCAAUCACAUUACCCUAUAUUCAUGUAAAUUAAAUUAAAUUGUAAUAUUGAAAUGUAAUAAUUUUACUAUACAGAAAAAAAAUCUAAACCCACUACCAAGAUCAAAGCUGUUUGGUAAAGAAAGAAAAAAAGGAAAAAAAUCCUUACCAUAAAGUGAAAUAUGUUAUUAGCCACCAUCUGUACUUUAACAGCAAGUUAAAGGUUUUGAAAAUAGUUCAAAAAUGGUCCCCACAAUGUCUGAAAGUCUUGACUAGAUUCAGAAAUUGAGCAAUGGAUCUCUAAAUUUAAGCAUGAUAUAACAUCACAUAACCAUUGAGUGUGAGGAAAAUAUUUUAAAGUAUACUUUUGUUCAGCCCAUGUUAAAGUACAAGUUAAAAUAUUUAUUUAAGAAAUGACACAUCUCAGGAUUUGAAUUCCUUUGAAGUCCCACUUUAAAUGUAAUCAUCUGAGCAUUCACUUUGCUGUCAUCUUGUAAGUGGUCGAAUCUGUAAUGUGCAAUAAAAGCUCUGCUUAACAGCAUAACAUUCCUACUAAAAUAUUAUUGAAUUUAUUAUUAAAAGAUGUAUAUUUUUAUCAAACUUGCUUUCUGUUGUGCCAAAUAUAAGCAAGCAGCAUCUUUAUUGAAUAAACCAAAUUAGAUUUAAAGAAAAAUUUUUUGGAAGAAUUUAUAUCAUAUUACUUUCUUCUCUCCGGAAUUGCUCUAAUGCUC